AUGCUAUUCAAAACGCAGCCGUCAAUAGUAGACCUUUCAAACUACCGUCUUCUCUCAAAACCCUCGCUUUUCGCUUAUCGCUCCUCGUUCUCGUAUCAUCGUCGGCGCCGCCUCUUGGGUUCCGGUAUCUGCCGGCGUUCUCGGCGGAGGAUCACUCCUUCGGUGCGGAAAGAGAUGCUAUUGGGCCCUAGCGUAGACGGAGAUAGCCGUCCGAUAUCGUUGCGUGUUCGAAGGGCAAUCCAAAGCAUCAGGGAGAUCGUCGGCGACCACUCCGAAUCCGACAUCUACCAAGCGCUCCGGGAGUCCGACAUGGACCCUAACGAGACCGCCCAGAAGCUCCUCAACCAAGAUCCAUUUCUUGAAGUAAGAAGGAAAAGGGACAAGAAAAGAGAGAUUACAGAUAAUAGGAGAUAUCCGGAGGCAAGAAAGAGCAUAGAACCCAGUAUGAAAUGGUCGACACCUCAGACAUCACAGGGUCAAAAUGUUCAAAGAAACAAUUAUGUUCGAACUGGCCUAUCAGGAAUCAGCCAAAAAUUCCGUGUUGUGAGAGACAAUCGAGUAAGUCAAAGUGGCAGUGGUAACAAUACGUCAGAAUCGGUACAGCAUUUAGCUCCUGACAUCAAGAAAGUGGCAUUAAAUGACCAAAGAAAUGCAGGAGGUAAUAUGCCACCUCUAGCUGUGAAUGUGUCUUUUGACAAAGUUACUAAACAGGCAGGUGAGGCAAAUGCAAGUGAGAGUUACCUGCCUCAAUCAUCUGAAGGAAAUCAGAGAACAAUUAAUAUAACAACUUCACAAGUUGAGUCAAUGAAUGAAAAUAAUUCUAGAACAAAUUCUGCGACAUUGUUAUCAACCAUCUCUCUUUCAUCUUCAUGCCCAGUCCAUGUUCCAUCUGAUUCUGAGGCGUCUAAAACCAUAGGGACCAUUCGGUGUGAAGCUGGAGUAAUGUGUGUUCAGGGACAUACUUCUGCUCACCUGCCAUCAACUUCUUCUAAUAAGCCUUUCUCAAGACGGCUAUUAGGGAAGGAUAAAUUUAGUUCUUCAGGAUUUUCUGUGCACUUUGCUUCUCUGUAUAAGAACAAUAAACCUUUUCAGAGACAUGCAUCAGAGCCUAUCACAUCUGGUUUGAUUGUCCACAGAACAAGUUCCCGCAGUCACUACACUGGCAAGCCUUCCCAGCAAUCCAUGGGUCCUUAUAAAGCUACGCAGGUCUGGAGGCCAAGAUCAGGUCAGAAACCAGUCAAAACCAAUGGUGUUAUGGCAGCGGCAAGUUCAGCAUCCUCCACAUCUUGUGUAGAUGAUAAUAGUUGCUCGAAUGAUGUCGUCUUGACUGGCUUAUCAGAGAAACUAACUCAGAUUAAUGUUUCUGGAGAUGAGCGUGUGAUCAUACCUCAACAUCUUAGGGUUCCAGAGUCUCUGAUGAAUGUGCUGACAUUUGGCAGUUUUGCAGCUGAGACCCUUUCACAUCAACCAUUGGAAAAUGCAAAGUUAGAUGAGAAGUCUACUCGAAGUUUAACAUCAACCCAAGUUACCACCAGGAAAGAUAAUUCCCAAGCUGAACAAGGAGACCCUGUGGAUUGUGAAGCUGGACCUUGCCAGUCAGAUCCCCCCUCUCCAGUUGAAGAACCUGAAAAUUCCUCGCCUCAAAAUGUUGAAUCUUAUAAUUCACAAAAUAUUGAAAGUUAUGCAGAUAUUGGGCUGGUCGAAAGCAACAGCCCACUAUAUGAUCUGCCAACAGAUCAGCAAGUCCAUCAUUCAACCAUGGCAAACUUUAUGGCGUAUGACCCACACACUGAUUACGAUGCAGCAUUUCUGGGUACAUCAUUGGAAGACAGUCCACAUGACCAGGGCUUUGUAUUGACAUCUGAGGUUUUGAGCUCACAUGAUAUAGGCAGUAACCCUUUGUCCGUCUCAACCAUGAUUCAGCAACCAAUACAACAACAGCCUGUUACACAAGUAUACCCUCCAGUUCAGGUCUCACACUAUCCAAACUUUAUACCGUACCGCCAUGUAUUGUCUCCAGUAUACAUGCCAUCCAUGCAAAACUUUUCCAGCAACUCCGCUUUUCCCCACCCUUCAAGCUGCAAUGGGUACAUGCUGAUGCCUGGUGCAGGUUCACACUUGACAUCAGGUGGUAUGAAGUAUGCAGCCUCACAUUAUAAAUUGGUUCCUUCUGGAAGCGCCACAGGUUUUGGGAAUUAUACAAACACUGCUGGGUUCACCAUCAGCACAUCUGGCACAGUUGGCACUGCAAUUGGCCUUGAUGACAUGUCACGAAUCAAAUACAAAGAUAACAGUAUCUACAUUCCUAACCCUCAGGCCGACCUCUCUGAUAUAUGGGUUCAGACACAAAGGGAGAUCACUGGCUUGCAAUCAACUCCAUUCUAUAAUGUUCAAGGACAAGCACCACCAAGUUUCAUGGCAACUCAUGCUGGCCAUGCUUCUUACAAUGCUCCAGCUCAAUCUCCUCACUUACAAUUUCAGGGUUUAUAUUCCCCACAGGCUCAUCCUCAUCACUUGGUCCAUCCUCAGGGCCUUGGUGGCAACAUUGGAGUUGGUGUUGCAGCUCCAGCGCCUCAACUUGGAAGUUACCAGCAGUCUCAGGUCAGUCACCUGAAUUGGGCUCCCAACUUUUGAGGGCACAAGGUAUAUUUUUCCAGUUGCAGUUGGUUUAUCCUGUGUUGAUAUAAUUGGCUGUAGCAGUUAAUCAAGCUUCAUCUCUUUUUAGUGUAAAUGACACUAUGUCUAUUUUAUAUUGGUUAAUGGAAGUUAUUUUACAGCAAGA